GGUAGUAUCAUUCUGAAUUCCAUGUUAUUCAACCAUUUGAUAUUUACUACGCCGAUCCGUAACAACAAUUAUAAAGAGAUCGACGUCCAUCAGUGGGUUAACUAACACGAUUACAAACCAACUAUGAGCUUCAGUCCUCAAGAAAGCCAUUUAACAGCAAGCGAAAAGAAGCGCACUCCCAAAUGCGCUCGUUGUAGAAACCACGGGUUCGAUUCUGUUUUAAAGGGCCAUAAAGGGUUUUGCCGGUGGAGAGACUGUAUGUGCCCUAAAUGUAUGCUAAUAGCAGAGCGCCAAAGAGUUUUAGCGGCACAAGUUGCUCUGAGAAGACAGCAAAUGCAGGAGCAGAGAGAACCGUUACCACCGGGAGAUGUCUUUACAGCUCUGCACAGAGUUAGCGAUCCACAGCUUCAGACCCCUCCACCAGAAUCAGCGGAUUCUCCUACAUCCAGGGACGAAGAUCGAACAGAAAUCAAAAAAGAAGUMGCUUCGCCUAUUGAAGACACCUAUUCAGAGACUGAAGUUCAGUCCAAUUCAUUUGGAACGUUUCCACGGCUCUCAGAAUCACAGCAUGGAUCGCUCAUUGAGGCACACUCAAAAGAUUCUCAUCCGGAUUGUACUUGUUCGGCCUUCCGUCCAUUUGCCAACUCCUUCGCACCUCAUCCCCCAGCUUUGAAACGAAAAUCUCCGUCGGACGUUCAAACUGAGGGUUCCCAGCAAAACUACAGUGUUAGCGCCAUGCUUAGCGAAGGUAUACACAACGACAAGAGGAGAAGGUAUUUUACGGAGUGCGAGCCAGCAGACAAGCAAGCAUUUCCAGUACUACAAGUGCCACCGUUCUCUCACCGCCGUUCAUCCCCGAUUGAACUUCUAAUGCGAAUUUUCCCAAAAAUAAAAGUCAGCGUUCUCCAGCUUAUCCUACAAUCCUGUGGGAACGACGUAGUWCAAGCAAUAGAAGAAGUUCUUGCAAAGUGUAAAAGCGACCCUACAAUUUUGGCYGACACGGGACCAUGGUCAAGACCUCCUCUGAUCGAAGAUAUCUAUAGAGACUUUAGAGCUUUGAGGCCAGAUAGCUACAAGUUUGUACGCAGUCCUGAAGCUUUUAUGGGAAGUGGGAAGUCUGCCUUUACUCCGAUCUCACCGUUUUUAAAAUCGCCUUUUCUUGCAACCUCUAGYGCGUCGCAUAUUGCUUUUGCCAUGGAUGGUCUUCGCAACGGCAAAGACAGUUCUGUACCUAUUUCUUAUUUUCUAGAGCCUAGAAUGAACAGCACCGCAUUAGUAAACCAUACACGAGAUAAAACGAAAUCAAGAGAUAGUUUAGAUAUUCCUCCUCAGCGAAAAUUGAGUCAAGAAUGUGAAGAUUCGUCAAGCGAGCGAGAAAAGUGAAGCCACUUCAAUUGAGCGCGCGCUCGUUUUCCAGAGUCGCGAUAACAAAAAUAUUCGAUUUUUUCCUUCGAAAAAAACAUAUUCAUUUUGUAUAUAUGUACAGUUUAAUACUUCCCUGAGUAUUACAGAAAACAAUUCUGUGGUUUUCCUCCUUUAUAAGCUUGCCAUUUUAUGGUAAAAUCCAUUGUGUAUAUACAAAGUACUUGGGGGAUUUAGAGAAAAGAUUCCUUUUGUCUUAUACUAAAUAAGAACUUGUUUAAAAGUAAAAAUCAAUAAAUAUUGAACUUUUAAAA